AUGAGAAUUAGCGAUAUGAAGAAAAAUAAGAGAGAGAAGGAGGGAAGUAAAAAAGAAAUAUCGAUGGAGAAAGCUGUUGUGCGAGAACCUUGGAUCCCGAAACAAGUGGCUGCAGGGAAGAAACAAAAAAUCUUUGGCUUUGCGCUGCUGGGAGAUGUGCGAGGGUGCGGUGUGGUUGGAGGUCGCACUUUGCACCACUGA